UGCCGCUACACAAGCACCAACGGCAGGCAAGCCAAACUCAAUUCACCCCAGGAUUUGCAGGAUGAAGUCAAAUCGGACAUCUGUUACCAAUACGAACAGAUGCCGGCACCACGAUUGUGUCUGGUUUAUCACCGUCGCCCGGCCCGUUCAUAGAGCAAAAAACGCCGAUGCUGUGUCGUCAGUGUCCUCGAUGUUCAACGGACAGAGUUGACGCUUCUCGGAGAAUGCCAGAUAGAUAUCUCCAUUGUGACGUAAAUCGCGAACAGGGGAGGCUUCUCCAUAUGCGGAGGACUGUGCAUUCGACCAGUCGACCGGCUUUGAACGUCGUGCUCCAAUGCCGAGUCGUCGCAAGGAGAACUAGUUCGUCUCUAUGCGCGAAGAUACCAAAGUACUUCGCUGACCCAAUAGCUAGAAUAAGCAUAGAAUGCGACCCAGGACGGGCCUUUAUAGAGACGGCCAGAUCCAGCAUUGUCCUAGAAGCCAGCAAGUCGAGAUUCAGCCGCAAACCUUCCUGCAAGUCAAGCUUAUUGCUGCUUGGGCACUUGCGUACAGCAUUUCACAAGCUUAUCUCAGACGUGGAGUCCUUCGAAGUCGUAGAUUCUGCUUUAGAAGUCGCCAGAUAGUGUACGCUUGAGCUGGAAACUUUUUGGUUCCCCAUUGCCGGAUUGUCACGAUUCAAUUUUUGAGCGCGAUCCUAACCCUGGCUAGCGGCGAAUAACUGGGGCGGACCUAGAAGCGGGCCCGGGGUGACUACGUAAGCGAACCUCGGAGUUAGCGCUUCCUCUUUGGUUGUAUGUACUUAGCAGAGGUUAUGAAGCGAUGAUUCUCCAUGUCAGCAGAAGGAAGUAUUCGGGCGUGCUCGCCUCCGUACUCAGCACGCAGGUUUGAAGGAGGUGAGGUGGGCGGUUGUGCAAGCGAAGCAGAG